UAAAGGCGCACCUUUGGAAAGUUGUUUGAAAAUAUGUAAAGAGUUAAUGGUGUGGGGCAGGCGCCGUGUGUGUAGCGCGGAGCCCAGCAGCGGCGAGGCUGGUGUUGUGGAGUCUGAGACCAUGUCUUGGCGAGGAGUUGCUUGCAGCCGGCGUGACGUCAGGGAGCUUCCCCAGACUCCUGUAUAACGUUGCCGGGAGUUGGUGGCGGCUUUUCUCCAGCGCACACACUCACACACACACACACACAUACACACAUACAUACACAUACAUGCACACAGUCUACCCCGCCCUGCCCGCGCCUUCAGGUGGUGCCGCCGACUGAGCGAUGCGCAGAGCGGUGGCCGCGGGCUGAGCUCGGUGCAACAGACAGCCUGCCCGACAUUCAGUCAGUCCCCGGACCCAAGGGUUGGUCGGAGCCAUGGCUGUCCGCGACAGCAUCCUGCCCAUCAGCGAGAUGUCGGCCGCCCCCUUCCCCGAGGUGGUGGAGCUGAACGUGGGAGGACAGGUGUAUGUGACCAAGCACCACACACUGGUCAGUGUGUCCGACUCGCUGCUGGCUCACCUCUUCUCCAAGAACAGCGUCCAGGUGCUUCCCCGGGACAACAGGGGCCGGUAUUUCUUGGACCGGGACGGUUUCCUCUUCAGGUACAUCCUGGACUAUCUGCGGGACAAGCAGCUGGUGCUUCCCGACCACUUCCCGGAGAAGGAGAGGCUGCUGAGGGAAGCGGAGCACUUCCAGCUGGGGGAACUGACCAGGGUUCUGGCCCCCAAGGUGAUGGUCAAGCAGGGCUCGGUGGCCGAGGAUGCGGCGCAAAGCGACGCGGAGGAGAACUCGCAGGGCAGCGAGAUGGUGCCCAAGGGCGGGACGUCCGACAAGAAGACUGGCUUCAUCACCAUCGGCUACCGGGGCUCCUACACCCUGGUGCGGGACAGCCAGGCCGACGCCAAGUUCCGCAGGGUGGCCAGAAUCAUGGUGUGCGGACGCAUCGCGCUGGCCAAGGAGGUUUUCGGCGACACCCUGAACGAGAGCCGGGACCCCGAUCGCCCCCCUGAGAAGUACACGUCCAGGUUUUACCUGAAGUUCACUUACCUGGAGCAAGCUUUCGACCGGCUGUCCGAGGCAGGAUUCCACAUGGUGGCCUGUAACUCCACGGGCACGGCCACCUUCAUCAACCAGUACAGAGAUGACAAGAUGUGGAGCAGCAGCUACACCGAAUACAUCUUCUUCCGAGGAUUGCAGAGGCCGGCCUCUCCGAAGUCCGAAUGUGAGAGCAGGAAACAGGAUAAGGGCGAGAAAGGAAUGGAAAGUGGGACCUCCUGCAACGAGCUGUCCACCUCCAGCUGUGAAAGCCAGUCGGAGGCCAGCACUCCGCAGGACAACGUCGCUUGUGCAUCACAGCCCGCAACAUCUCAGCCUAAUACCCUGACCCUGGAUCGGCCUCCCAAGAAAGCCCCCAUUCAGUGGUUGCAACAGCCCGACAAACGCAGAAACAGUGAACUCUUUCAAACACUGAUGAACAAUUCCCGAGAUAUGAGCCUCUGCAAAAAGAAGAUCAAUGAGAAGCUGAGCGCUGAGGACGAAAUGAAGAAAUGCAUCCAGGAUUUCAGGAAGAUCCAAAUUCCCACCCAGUUUCCAGAACGCAAGCGCCUGUGGCAAUCUGAACUAUUACAGAAAUAUGGACUUUAAAGUGGAAAAAGAGGACUUGCUGCAGCUUUGAAUAAUGUUUGAAAUUAAGGGUCUGUGGUUCUCAUUCACCUGCAGUCUGUCUUAUUCCUCCUGCCCUAUCCAUUAAAUUGUGAUAAGAUUGCAAGUCUUGAGAAGCUGAUCGUGAAGAAUUUUAGUUUUUAGUCCACACCUGAGGUAUGCAUAAAAAAUUAACGCAUUGGAUUUAAUCUACUGAGUGCUCGUGGGUUAGCUUAUAAAUUUGAUGUGGCACAAUGCAGUCUGAUAAAUAACAGUUGCAAAACUAAUGGAUUCUCCACCAGUGUAUCGAUGUGUCAGAAAUGGUUAUUCAUGGCCUUAAUGAUUGGAUGUGAUGCCUCUCGAAAACUUCAAAGGUUGUGUUCAGAGUUCCCUCCCUCCCAGAUCAGAGCAGCCAGUGGUAGUCAGCUGCAGUUCAGCUCCAUUUCAUGAAAACAAGUAAUUAGAACCAUUUUAAAGUUAAAAUCCACAAUUUGGUUGAAUAACUUUGAAUAUUUACUCCUAAUUUAGCAAUUUAAAUUACGGUGAAGACCAAAUGGCAACUUUUAGUUUAGUUUAGUUUAGAGAUACAGUGCGGAAACAGGCCCUUCAGCCCACCCAGUCCGCUCCGACCAGCGAUCCCCGCAUAUUAAUGAUAUCCUACACACAUUAGGGAAAAUUUACACUUAUACCAAGCCAAUUAAUCUCCAUCCCUUUACAUCUUUGGAGUGUGGGAAGAAACCGAAGAUCUCGGAGAAAACCCAUGUGGUCACAGGGAGAACAUACAAACUCCGUACAGAUAGCGCCCGUAGUCGGGAUCGAACCCGGGGCUCCGGCACUGCAAGUGCUGUAAGGCAGCAACACUGUCACUGUGCCACUGUGCCUCCCUUUAAUGUUAAAAUAUAUUUGAAUUUUAGCUCCUAAUUUAGCAGUUUGAAUAAAAACUAAGACCAAAUGCCAACUUUUAGAGAUAAAAUACAUUUGAAGAAUCUACAAAUUGUCUUUUAAGUUUUAGCAUUACGUUGUUUUAACAAAGUUAAAAUAACUGACAUGUUUUAUUUUACUGUCAUUCAUUCUUUAUCUGUUAAGAUUGAAAAACAGCGCCUUUCAAAAUUGAUAGUUUUGGAAUGCGGGUGCCUUGUUUGCAAGCAUGAAAGUGUUCUCUGUGUGUUAAGGACAUUUUUUUCCCCAGGUCUGUUUCCAGGUGCAGUGGAUUCCCAGCAAAUAAUGGAAAACCAUUGUCACUUUGAAAAUACCAAUGAAGGAAUCCACCAACUUUCCCACGUGUUGUAGAGAAAUCCAACUAGUUUGAUUAUCGGUGUAUUUAAACCUGCCCAGGCCUAGUUUCCUUGUAUUCCUACAAAAAUAAUGUACUGCAGAUAAGGGAAACCCGAGUUAAAAUAUUCAACAUGUUGGGCACUAUAUGUGAAGAUAGAACCAGACAAUGGUUAAGGUUGAUUGCCUUCAACCUCUCCUGCCUUCCACUGUAAUACAUUCCUCCCCUUUCAUUCACUCCUGCCCUUUCCCGAAUCUCUAGAUUUAAAAACCUGUUUAACUUUUUCCCAGUUCUGAUGGAAGUUCGUUGUACUGUAUAUGUGUAAGUAUGCCUUUGAGAACUGAGUGUAUCGUGUGGUAUGACCUUGAUACGUUAUUGUGCCAGAUGCUGCUGUUUAGCUGAGAAUUAGUGUCUUUAAUAAAGGAUGUUAUUUGUAACUCUACCACCCGUCUAAUUAUCCAUGCUUACAAAACCAUCAAAGUGUUCACAGACACCACAUUGACACUUUUGGGAUAAUUUUGCUAGAGGGAGUAACAUAAGUCACCUAUUAUGUGGGGCAUGGAGAACCGUGUUCUUAAGAGAGCAAUGUUGAUGGCAGUGGUUGA